CCAUUGAGCUAACUCUUAGAUUCAUUGCAGGUUGUGCUUUCAUCUUGGGAGUCAGUCGUUGAGUUGCAGCCAAGAAUAGAUGAGAUAUCGAAAUGCCCUUGUGAAGGAAUGAUGGUGACUGCCGCUGCUUCUCCAGGUUCUACAUUUGAUUUCUGUAGCCGCUACUUUGCCCCCAGAUUCGGGAUCAAUGAGGACCCUGUUACUGGAAGUGCGCAUUGUGCCUUGGCACAUUACUGGAACCUCAAGAUGAACAAGUGUGAUUUCUUGGCCUACCAGGCUUCAAGCAGAGGCGGAACUGUGAAGGUUCAUCUGGACAAAGAGAAGCAGAGGGUUCUGCUGAGAGGCAAAGCAAUCACUGUUAUGGAAGGUUGCGUUUUAGUUUGAAUUUGGCUAAAAAUAAAUGAUUCAGUAUCUUUUUCUUUUUAAGUACACACACAAGCAUCAUAUGUGGUUAACUCCAUACACUGAGGUUACUUGUCCUUGAAGUAGACAAUCUUGAUAUCUUUUUUUAACAGUAUGAUUUUCUUGUUUUCCAAAUAUUCACUAAGAAUAUUUGCAAGAUGUUU